AUGACCCAAGUUCAUAUUCCUCUAACCCCGUUUGACCACUGCGUGCCGAGAGCAUAUUACAAUGGUGCUUUUUAUCUCGCUCUGAAAUCCGGCGUCACUGCUGCAGAGGCGUUUGCAGUUCUCCAUGAGGGACUGCAUAGAACCUUUGUUCGUCUCCCGUGGCUAAGUGGCAAGGUCUAUCUACAGGCUUCAGAUACACCUGGAUGGCGUCCGGGACAGGCGGAAAUCCGACACAGCCCCGUCGAGAUUAACGGAACAUGGCCACAUCAACUGAAAUGCAAAGAGUUGGAUUCCUCGACCAGUUACGAGGAGCUCAAGGACGCUGGCUUCCCCACCGACGCCUUCAAGGAUGACGACUUGGUGUGGUCACCCUUCUUCGCCGAGGUGAACAGUGAACCAGAGGUGUUUGUUGCCCAGGCGAACUUCAUUCCGGGUUGCUGUAUUAUUACCGCUGCGAUCCACCAUGCUGCGAGUGAUGAAACGGCGUUUAUCCAUGUGCUCCGGCUUUGGUCGGAAAAUUGCAGCGCCCUACAGCGCGGCAGCAACCAGCUGGCCGAUAUGCCCGCGGGAAGCUCCGAUCGCAACCUCCCCGAUCAACUGUGGAAGAAAGAAGGAACCGGGAAGGGUGUCGAGGAUAUCGACUUGAAGACCUGGAUGCUCAUCAAUCUUGCUCCUACCGAUGUUCAGCAGGAUCCCAUGAAGAUCCCCAGUGGUUCCGUGCAGCCCCAGGGCGGCCCUGCUAAACCUCAAAGAGUCCUGAAAGCCGGGGUGUUUUACAUCUCGCCGGCCAAUUUCACCGCACUACAGAAGGCCAUCACGACGGAACUGGGAGCAUCCAGCGGGGUGUCUGGAAACGAUGCGAUUUGUGCGUUGAUUUGGCGCUGUUUCUUGCGGGCACGAUCCACCGUGCGAAUGGCGGCGAGUAGCAAUGCGGAUGUCGAUGCGGCGCUCGCCGGACUCAAUAUGGUGUGCGAUGGCCGGCCCAGUUUUUCGUCUAGCAUUCCUCCAACUUAUCUCGGAAACAUCACGUUCAAUGUCCAAUCGCGUUUCCCACUCUCGUCGCUCACCUCGACCGACACAAGCAUUGCCAACGUGGCGGCCACGAUCCGAACGGCAGCCGGGAGCAUUGACUCGGCGCACUUGUUGGAUCUUUAUACCCUGUUAAGGAACCUAUCUGAUUUUGAUCACCUGGCCAGGUGGAAGCGAAUGAGGACGUCCUCCAUCGAGGGCAAUAACAUGUCUAUUUCAUCCAUGAUCAUGUUCCCCAUUUCCAGCGUUUGCUUUGGGGAGGGCAUCUUCAAAAACAAGGGGAUGCCGGAAGCCGUGCGCCCGUUGAUGGAAGGAUGCAAUCGAUAUACUCGAAUCUGUUUUAUCCUGCCCAAGAACAAGAAUGGAGGCAUCGAGUUUGUGGCUAAUCUGUUUGAUGAAGAAAUGGAGGUGCUGAUGGAGGACGAGGAAUUUGGGAAAUACGCAGCAUGCCUGUGCUGGAGCUAG